GGCAGAGGUAGGGGCAGAGCUUAUCGGAGCUGCGAACGCACGUGUGUGUUUACAGUGGCUAGGUGCAUGGCUAGCUAGCUACCUGCACACGAAUUAGUUGUGCGUGGUGAAGUUUAGUCGUACCCAUAAUCUCCUACACUACCUUAAAUCGGAUUUAAGAAAUGCCCAAAGUGAAGAAGUCCAAAGGUGGCGGCGGGGAGAAAAGAGGGGGCACGGUGGGUCUUGCUGACCAGAUAUUACAGGGGGACGCGGUGAAGGCAAGUAGCCGAAUCAAAGGCAGGGAUCGCCGGCAAGAGGAUGAAGACGAGUACGUGGAUGAGCGUCUGUCGCGGAAGAUCUUGGAGCAGGCGCGGAUACAGCAGGAGGAACUUCAGACCGAGUAUGGUCUUGGAAAGACAGAAACCAAGAAAAAACCCUCCACUGUUUUAGGAUCUGGGUCCCAGGAGCUGGACUCUGAUGAAGAAUGGCCUGCGUUGGGCCAGGCAGGACAGGAGGAAGAAGCAGAGUGUGGGGCAGAGGUCGAGGUGGACCCAGAAGAUGAAAAAGCCAUACAGAUGUUCAUGAGCAAAAACCCGCCACUCAGGCGAACCCUUGCUGACAUCAUCAUGGAGAAGAUCACAGAGAAGCAGACAGAGGUUGGAACAGUGAUGUCAGAGGUUUCAGGACGCCCUCUUCCGCAGCUGGAUCCCAGAAUCAUCGAGGUGUACAGAGGUGUAAAUAAGGUUCUGUCCAAGUACCGCAGUGGAAAGCUGCCCAAGGCCUUCAAGAUCAUCCCAGCACUGUCAAACUGGGAACAGGUCCUGUACCUGACAGAGCCUGAGACGUGGACCGCUGCAGCAAUGUAUCAGGCCACGAGGAUCUUCUCAUCCAAUCUGAAGGAGCGCAUGGCCCAGCGCUUCUACAACCUGGUGCUGCUGCCGCGGAUACGGGACGACAUCGCGGAGUACAAACGGCUCAACUUCCACCUUUACAGCGCGCUGAAGAAGGCGCUCUUUAAACCCGGAGCGUGGUUUAAGGGCAUCCUGCUCCCGCUGUGUGAGUCUGGCACCUGCACUCUGAGGGAGGCCAUCAUCGUCGGCAGCAUCCUCACCAAGUGCUCCAUCCCCGUGCUGCACUCCAGUGCUGCCAUGCUCAAGCUGGCUGAGAUGGAGUAUAACGGCGCCAACAGCAUAUUCCUGCGGCUCUUGUUGGACAAGAAGUACGCCCUGCCGUUCCGAGUGCUGGACGCCCUGGUCGCCCACUUUCUGCGCUUCCGCAGCGAGAAGCGCGCCCUGCCCGUCUUGUGGCACCAGAGCCUGCUCACCUUGGCUCAGCGCUACAAGGCCGACCUCGCCUCCGAACAGAAGGGGGCGCUGCUGGAGCUGAUUAAGUAUCAGACACAUCCCCAUAUCUCCCCCGAGGUCAGGCGGGAGCUGGUAAAUUCCGAGUCGCGUGAUGAGGAGACGGCCGUCCCGCCCAUGGCUCUGGACUGAGUUCUCCUCUCCGCGCCUCCUCAAUUAACUAACCUUUUCUUUAUCUGCCCACUGUGUUUUUCCCUCCUUCAUUCUGUCAGCAACAUAAAUCUAACAUCUCCCUGUCUGAAGAUGAAGAUGAACUAAUUACCCCUUGGGCAUCCUGUUUGUCCAUCAAAAUAAAAGGGUUUCAGUUCUAUUUUCUGUCCAACUUUACAGACACAAGGCAGUAUUCUGUGAUAUGUGAUUAAGGAAAUUAUAUUCCAGUUUUUUCCCCCAUGUUGCCAUUUUGUUUCUUAUGGGAGGGCUUAUGUUUUAUCUGAGUCACGCAUUGCAUUGGUGAGAAAGAGGAGCUCUAAGGUCCACUUUUAAGUGCCUGCUGCAAAAUCUACAGCCAGAACCUACAUGGGAAAACAGGUGCCAGGGUGGUCUGUUCGGGAGUGGCAGUAACGCAUACCACAUUUAGGAACUGUCACCACAAUAAAGACGGUGAUGUGUAGCAUAUGUUUACACACAGUUAACACCUCUACUAGAAGUUCAAAAAUUGUAUUAAAAUGUGUGCAGGUGUAGAUUCACAAACAUCAAGAACAGUACACAGACAAAACACGGGCAGUUUUAUGGUAAUACCAGGGACAAAGAUUGUAGUAACUUCAAUACAGUAGACAAACCUAACACAUCCAAUUAGUAAGUAAUGCCUAAUGAACACACAGAAAUGUUCACUACAUUAAAGUAGUGCACUUUCCUGCCAGGUGUAACAGCUAUAAAUGUAGGAUCAAUGGUGUUAUUUGAGUGUUGUGACUAAAAUACUGAAUUGAAUCCAGGCCUUAAACAGAGUUUCAACUUUAAAAGAUAGAGAGACGUGCACAUAAUCUAAGGAUGACAAAGCGAAUGUUUGUUUUAUAAAAACAAUGUGAAAAUUCCCUGAGCCUGUGUCUUUCAUGUACAUGUCUGCAUUUUUUGCAGUUGGAUUUGAGUUGUGGCUCUACAGGUGUAUGCAUUGCAAGUAGUAAUACAUCUGCAGUGAUGCUGGUAUCUGUGCUUACCACCAAUUGAAAAUGGAUAGUAAAUCCAUUCAGUAAUGGGUGUUUGUAUGACAGAAAUAUGCAUAAUAGUGAAUGCUGUUCUUAGUGAAACAGGUUUGUUUUGAAAUGAUAAAUAAAUUAUU